AAACACCACAGGGGUAUUUCAGGUCCGGGUGGAGGGUCACUCACAGCAGACACUCUACACGUGUCAACUCGGUAAACUCGCCCUGAAGAGGAACACAUUCAUUCUCUAUUUUACAUGUAACCACACAGUGGUUCAAACUGUCCCGGCUGUUGACGAAAUCUCGAGAGGAACUCGAGAGGAACUGUACUGACUUUAACAUAUACUUUAACUGUUUGUAUAUGUAUAUUUAUGUCGUGUUCAAACAGCACGUCUGCGUUAAACCAGCCGUAUUAGCUGAAAAACAUUACGUUUUAAGUUGUUUGUUGUCUUUCAGGAAGCGUUGCAUGGUCACUACGUACGUGUCGAGGCGAUUUUCUUUUCAGCCACACGUAGUUUUUAAGGUGCAGUAGUUACGACGUAAACUUGACUCCAUGAGGACACAGAAGAGGACAGUUUAAUAUGACCGAGGAAGAGGUAGUAGUAGACGCUAAAGUUAACGGGUGCGAGACGAAAGCGGACGCGGCGAACCAUGCACCUCCGGAGGCGGGAGACGCGGCGCAGCACGAGGACUUAAUCGUUGAGAAAAGCGGUCAUGAGGCGCCGCAGACCACCCGCCUGUACAAGCGGCGCUGGAUGAUCGUCCUCCUGUUCAGCUGCUACUCACUGAGCAACUCCUUCCAAUGGAUACAGUACGGCAUCAUCGGCAACAUCUUCAUGAAGUUCUACGAUGUGGACGCCUUCACCAUAGACUGGAUGUCUAUGAUCUACAUGCUCACGUACAUCCCCUUCAUAUUCCCGGUCACCUGGCUGCUGGACAAGAAGGGACUGCGGAUCGUCGCGCUCGUCGCCACCGCGCUCAACUGCGCCGGGACGUGGAUCAAAGUGGCCAGCGUCAAACCACACCUGUUCGCCGUCACCUUCCUGGGACAGUUCUGCUGCUCCCUGGCGCAGGUGUUCAUCCUCGGCAUGCCGUCGACAAUCGCGUCGGUGUGGUUCGGUUCAGAGGAAGUGUCCACCGCCUGCUCCAUCGGAGUCUUCGGGAACCAGCUGGGUAUCGCCAUCGGGUUCCUCGUGCCUCCGAUUCUCGUGCCUAAUGUGGACGACGUUGACGAGCUGGCUCACCACAUCAGCAUUAUGUUCUACAUCACAGCAGGAGUAGCAACGCUGCUCUUCAUCCUUGUUGUCUUUGUCUUCCAGGAGCGACCUAAACUUCCUCCAACUCAGGCCCAAGCAAUAGCUCGUAGCAUCCCAUCAGAGCAGUACUCGUACAUGGCCUCCAUCCGGAGGCUGCUGCGCAACAGGCCCUUCAUCCUCCUCAUCAUCACUUACGGUCUGAACGUCGGGUGUUUCUAUGCUGUUGGCACGCUGCUGAACCGCAUGAUCAUUGCACAUUACCCUGGGGAAGAGGUGAAUGCUGGGAGGAUUGGCCUGACCAUUAUCAUCGCAGGGAUGACUGGCUCUCUGAUCUGCGGCAUUUGGUUGGACAGAACUAAAACCUACAAGCAGACGACACUUUUAGUCUACUUCAUGUCUCUAGUGGGGAUGAUCAUCUUUGCUGCUACACUCAGUUUGGGACACCUUUGGGUCGUCUUCAUCACCGCUGGUGCUCUGGGGUUCUUCAUGACUGGCUACCUCCCACUGGGCUUUGAGUUUGCAGUCGAGCUCACGUUCCCUGAGUCAGAGGGAACCUCGUCCGGACUCCUCAACUGUUCAGCACAGGUGUUCGGGAUUAUAUUCACCAUCUGCCAGGGCAAGAUCAUCGACAGCUUUGGCACACUGGCAGGAAACAUCUUCCUCUGUGUCUUCCUUCUCAUCGGCACAAUCAUGACAGGGUUAAUCAAGUCUGAGCUCCGGAGACAGAAUGCGAAUCACCUGGCCAAAGCAGCGGCAGAGGGGCAGAUGUCGGGACAAGACUACGGAGCCACAUCAUUACUCUCCAAGCCACGGACUCCUGCUUCUCAGAUCUGAUCAAUAAAUCCUACUUUCUGCUUUCUACAACAACAACAACAAAAAAAAAUCUCUACAAAUCUUAGCUGAACACACAGGCACUGAAAGGGACCCUCUGACUGCCAUGUUGGGAGCCUGGGAGCGACGUACAUCAUCAGUGAAGCUCAGCUGUAACGCACACACACACACACACACACACAAUCUUCCUAGCACACAUUGAGGAAGUCACCUCCCUUCUACGAAGAGUUGAAUAUUGUGAUUGUUUAUUUAAAACCGUUAAACGCUUGACUAAUCUUACAUGCUUUUAACACACAAUGUGAAGAACACAAAUGCCGUGUUUGGAAAUAUUUUUAUACUGAAUUAUAAAUGAUCUUUUCACUAAUUCAGAAACAGGACACACAUUUUGUGAAAUGUUUUAUUUUUUUAUCUCGAUCUUUUAACGUCUCAGUGUUUUCAGUGUGCAGAUGAUUACAGUCCAAAUAUUUGCCCGAAUUCAUUGGAAUGAAAUCCACGAUCCACAUUUGUAUGAAUGAUUUAUUUUUUUGAAUGUAAGAAAUCUCUCUUAUUUUAAAGAUGAAAAUAAUUUCUACAAUGGUGUAUUGUAGGCUUUCUGGUUGACGGCAGCCCACAAGGACAAAAUAUUGAUGGCACAUGGGUUAGUUAUGUUUGUACCAUUCAUGUUUACUUAUUUAACAUGAUAUAAAGCCAUUUUAUGAAGA